CGGCCCUCCAAAAUAUUUUUAGUUUCUCAUGUGGCCCCAUCGAAAAAAUAAUUGCCCACCCCUGAUAUAGACCAAUACCUCAUAAAACGAACAUAGAUCAAACUUAUAAUUUUAAAGGGUGAACCUUUUUGGCCAAACAAACUUUAUUGUUUUUUUUCAGAACUACAACACCACACAUCUAGCUAGACCGGAAACGGAAACACGAGGUUGCCGAAAUGGAUUCCAAUAAGAUUCUGAAUGGAAAGUUUACUUUUAAAAAGUUGCCAAAUGGUUCCAUUGACAAGACCAAAGUGAUCUGUGGGUUUUGUGGUUGUGAACUGAGCUAUCAUCGCAGCACGUCCAGUCUGAAAUACCACUUGAUGGCCAAGCACACAGCUGAUGGGAAUUCUCCGCUCCCUGGUCAAAGCCAGGCGACAAUGGAUGUUUUCAGACAGAAGCACAUGGAUACCACAACUAAGAACAAACUUACUGCAGCCAUAGCUAAAUGGGUGGCUACUGCAUGUAGGCCUGUUAAUGUUGUGGAGGACGAGGGUCUAGCUGAUAUCAUUCGCAUCGCAUCAAACGACUGGACCUACGAAUUGCCUUCGAGAGCCACCAUUACAAGCAACGUACAGAAAUUGUACGAAACGGAGAAAGCCAAGGUACAGCAGGCGUUGGACAAUACAAAAGCAGUCGCGCUCACUGGUGAUUACUGGACGUCCGUAAGUAAUCACAACUACCUCGGGGUCACAGCGCAUUACUUUGAUCCACAGUGGAAACUUCAAGCUCAUGCUUUGACUGUUCUAAAGACAGAAGAGAGGCACUUCGCUGAUGCUGUUGCAGAGCACUUUAUGCAAGUAGCUAGAGAGUGGGACAUUGAACAAAAAGUUGUCUCACUGACCACGGAUAGUGCACGCAACAUGAUUGCAGCGGCCAGGCAGCUCCCCUUUGUGCACGUGCCGUGCAUCGCACACAGUGUGCACCGAGCCGUCACGGUUUCUCUAACCAACAGCCCGUUUGACAGCGCAUUGGCAAAAUGCAGAAAGGUCGUGGGACAUUUUAAGCACAGCCCUGCAAACCAAGCGGAGCUCGAGCAACAACAAGUCACACAUAAUAAGAAGAAAGAGUCACUCGCACAGGAAGUGUCAACCAGAUGGAAUAGUACCCUGGAAAUGAUCAAGCGUGUUCAGCGGAAUGCUGAACCACUGAAAGAUGCACUGGCCCUGCACACAACCAACAUCGCCAUGCCAACAGUUACUGAGCUGGAGAAACUGAAGAAGCUCGAGGCUGUGCUGGAGCACUGCAGGUAUGUUUCUGAACUCCUGGGAGGAGAGAAGUUUGUGUCUUGCUCAGUGGUGCUGCCAGCGUUGUGUCAUCUGUCACGAGUGAUGGAGGUUACUGAGGAUGAUCCAGCUUACACGAUCAAGUUCAAGGGAACCUUCGCAGCAGACAUGGAGGGUCGCAAGGAGAAGACCAACAUCACGUGGCUGAGAGUUGCGACAGCACUUGACCCAAGGUCAGAUAGCAAUGAGAUAGGGGUAUUGUCGCAAUUUUGUUAUACCCGCACCUGUACUUGUAUUAAAGUUGCAUUUCAUUUCAUUUCAAGGUUUAAGGAUCUCAAGUGUCUGAGCAAACCUGACAGGGCUGAGGUGUGGGGUACGAUCCGCGCCUUGCUCCAGGAGAUGGUAAGGGAGAGGCCUGCACAGCCGGAUAACAAAGUCACGCCUGAGCCUCCUACAAAGAAACCAACACUUAUGCUUACAAACGAGUCUUCGUCUGAUGAAGAGGAGGACAGUAUUGACCAAUGUCUGAGGCGCUACAAGUCAGAGCCUCUUACUGGCAUGGAUGACUGUCCCCAGGAAUGGUGGUCCACACAUGAAGGGGCACACAGUGAAAUGGCCCGCCUUGCACGCAAGUACUUAGCAACACCAGCCACAUCAGUACCUUCUGAAAGGUUGUUUUCACUGUCUGGGCAUGUUGUACAAAAGAAGCGAGCUUCCCUGUUGUCUGAAAAUGUCAACAGGCUUGUGUGUUUGAGUAACUGGCUCAAAGCAAAGAAGUAGUAUGCUUACAUUUUAUUGGUUACCGUUACUGUUCAUACUUUCUGAAAUAAGAGGCUGAGUUGAUGAGCCAUGGUUUAAUUGCACUAUAGGCUGAGUCCUAGUUUACCUUACAUGUACACUUUGUAAUUUGAUUUUGUAUCGCCCUGUUUUGAUCCCUUAGAAAGGGGCUGUUUGUGUGACAAAGUAUUUUUCACUUUUUUAUUAAUGGACAGUGUUACAUUGUGUGAGAGCUUAUUUGCUCCAAGUGUUAAUGUUAGUUUUGAACACUACAUUAUAUGCCAAUUUUGUUUUCAAUAAACAUUUGCAAAAAGCAAGCCGAUUCACUUUUCAAUUUGAUUAAAUGCGAUUAAUCGUGAGUUAACUAUGACAUUAAUGCGAUUAAUCGCGAUUAGAAAUUUUAAUCGCUUGAC